AUGGAGCGCGGCGCGGCGGGAUCGCUGCCCCUCGGCCGCCUGGCCGGGCCGCUGCCCCUCAGCCGCCUGGGCGGGCCGCUGCUCCGCCGGCUCAGCGAGCUGCUGGACCGCGCGGCGCCCGGCCGGGGCUGGCGGGAGCUGGCGCAGCGCGCGGGGAGCCGCGGCACGGUGCGGCUGAGCCCCCAGGAUUUGGAGCAGUGUUCCCUCCAGGUGCUGGAGCCAGAAGGCAGUCCCAGCUGGAGUCUGCUGAAGCUGCUGGGGGAUCGAGGCUGCACUGUGGUGGAGCUGGCAGAGUCCCUGCAGGCCCUGGAGCACACAGAGGCUCUCCGGUGUCUCAGCUAUUCAGGUAUAAAGAUCAUUGUACAGCCAGAUUCUCAAGCAGUGCUCUCUGGUCAGGUCGUCAGGUUGUGCUGCUGGGCAACAGGACACCCAUUUGUGCACUACCAGUGGUUCAAGCAAGAAAAAGAGGUUCCCCAUGGUAAUUCUCCAGAACUGAUUUUGAGUUCAGUGAGUGUAAAGGAUUCUGGAUUUUACAUCUGCCGAGUGAACAGUGAAUCUUCUUUCAUGUUCAGUCGGUGGGCACGCCUUGAAGUUUGUGAGCUUCAGGAUACGCCUCUGCCUCAUGGGCGCUUAAUGGGUUUGCCUGAAGACAAGCUGUGCAUUUGUAAUCAGCCUCAGCCACAACACCUGACAGUGGGGGAUGCUUUGGUACUAGAAUGUGGAGCUGUUGGAAACCCAAUUCCUAAUUACCAAUGGUUCAGAGAUGGAUUUCCUUUGGCAAACGGGAGCAAAAAUGUCUACACAGUAACUUACGUGGAUGUGGGACAUCAAGGAACAUAUUGGUGUCAUGUUUUCAAUGACCGGGAGGACAAAGACAGCAAGAAAGUGGAAGUAAUUGUAGGAAGGAAAGCUAUGGCAGUGGAGUGCACAGAAGAAGAUUUAAGUGAUCUUCAGGAAUCAGCAGACCCACAAGAGGAAUCAAGUCACAGACCUGUGGCCACAGACAAGGUGGCUCUGUUAAUAGGAAACAUGAGCUACUGGAAUCAUCCCCAGCUCAAGGCUCCAAUGGUAGAUGUCUAUGAAUUGACCAAUUUGUUAAGGCAGCUGGAUUUCAAAGUUGUUUCUUUGCUGGAUCUUACUGAGUCUGAGAUGCGAAGUGCAGUGGAUGAGUUUUUACUUCUCCUGGACAAAGGAGUUUAUGGUUUGUUAUACUAUGCUGGCCAUGGCUAUGAAAACUACGGGAACAGUUUCAUGGUUCCUAUUGAUGCCCCAAAUCCCUACCACUCGGCAAACUGCCUGUGCGUGCAGAACAUCCUGCGGCUGAUGCAGGAGAAGCAGACGGGACUCAACGUGUUCCUGCUGGAUAUGUGUCGCAAAAGAAAUGAAUAUGAUGACACAAUUCUUAUCUUGGAUGCUCUGAAGGUUACAGCCAACAUUGUUUUCGGAUAUGCAACGUGCCAAGGAGCAGAAGCUUUUGAAAUUCAGCAGUUGGGGUUGGCCAAUGGAAUCUUCAUGAAGUUCCUGAAGGACCGUUUGUUAGAAGACAAGAAGGUCACUGUUCUGCUUGAUGAGGUUGCAGAAGAUAUGGGCAAGUGUCCCCUUACCAAAGGCAAGCAAGCCCUGGAGAUUCGCAGCAGCUUGUCAGAGAAAAGGGCAUUAACUGAUCCUGUUCAACAAAGCACACCUUCUGCAGAGUCCCUGGCACGCAACCUGCAGUGGGCCAAAGCUCAUGAGCUUCCAGAAAGUAUGUCCCUUGAAUUCCAGUGUGGUGUUCAGAUUCAGUUGGGGUUUGCAGCCGAGUUCUCCAAUGUCAUGAUAAUCUAUACACGGAUAGUUAAGAAGCCCCCUGAAAUCACAGCUUGCAGAGCCCACAUCACAGACUUCCCACUCGACUUGGAUGUAGAUCCUAAAGAGACCAAUAAAGGAACUCCUGAGGAAACUGGAAGCUAUUUAGUAUCAAAGGACCUUCCCAAACACUGCCUCUACACCAGGCUGAGUGCACUGCAAAAACUAAGGGAACAUUUAAUCUUCACUGUUUGCUUGCACUAUGAGUAUUCAGGAAUAGAAGAUACAAUGGAUGAAAGAAAGGAAAUUAAUGUUGGGAAGCCCCUUAUUGCUAAAUUAGGCCUUCACCAUGGAUUCAAAACCAGGAACUGUCCCCAGACCUGUUGCAUGCCUGGUUAUCCUUUUCAUAAUCCAGUAGAAUCGAGUCCAGAGGCAGCUGAAUACUACAUCCCUAGCCAUUGCCAUCCCAGUUCCUGUCCAGGUGUUUACCAUCCAAACUGUGCUUGCUCAACCAGCAUCACACAACCAGAGGCAUGUUCCUGCAAUGGAACCUCAAGGAUACUGGCUUCAAGACAUGAAGUACAGCAUUAUUCACCCACUGUGGAAAAGAGUAAUGUACCAGUAGAGACCACUGAUGAUACUGUGGAACUGGAAUUCUUCCUCUCUGACAGCCUCAGCUUGUCUGAACAGCAAUAGCUGGGAUUUGUUUGGAAUAGACCAAAGUGGCAUCCUUGAACAGAGGGGCCCCCUCACUGCCUCUCCAUCUUCUCAGCUUUGGAGACUUCUGGACAAGGCCCUGGAGAGUCUAGAUUAGGUUCUGGGAAUGAGGUUGUGAUAAAAAUUUUUCAUAUCCUUACAGACAAAACUGGACCAGUAGAUUUAGGAAUGAAAAAUGAAUUAUUUUUUCACCUACUAUAUGUUGUUUGAUACAGGGAGAAAUCUGGGCUGCUCAGUUUCCUAUUCUGUUCUUUGGCCAUCAUGUGUUAGGAUCAGUCACUGAUGUUCCAGUGCUUUGGAUGUAAUCAAAAAGCAGCUCUGACUGCAUUCUCCUCUCUGAUUGUCAGAUGUCCAGUGUCUGACAGCAUCUGAGAUAGGUGAGAUCUGUGCAAAGAACCCAAAACC